AUGGCGCUUCUCCUCCAUCCCCGCCUCCCUUCCCACCCUCUCCGCGCGGCAGCCCAUCACCACCACGCCAUCUCGGACGCCUCUUGCCUCCUUAUACUCCGCGGCCCCGGAAGGAAGCGCGCGCUGCUCGCGGUCACGUGCCGCGCGGCCAGGGUGAAGGAGCCCGCUCCGAGCGCAGGCGCCUCGCCGCCGCCGCCGCAGGCGCUGGCGAAGGAGGCGCACAAGUACUUCGACCACGCCGUGGUCACCGUCCGCGCGGGCGACGGCGGUCACGGCGCCGUGCUCGCCAUGCCGCCGGUGCCCUCCGCGGACGCCACCAAGCCCCGCGGCAGGUUCAACCGGGGCGAGAAGAAGAGCAAGAAGGUGUCGUACAAGCGGAACUACGACGGGUCCGUGGCGCUGCCGACGGGCGGGCACGGCGGCGACGUCGUGGUGUACGCCGACGAGGCCGAGGAGACGCUGCUGCGGUUCCACGAGAAGGCGCGGUACUGCGCCAAACGGGGAGGGAACGUGGGCGCCGCUGGCGGCACGCUCAGCUCACGGAUGCACAGCGGCUUCGCCGGGGAGACGCUCAGGAUACCCGUGCCUGUAGGAACUGUUGUGAAACGCAAGAAGGGAGCUGUUCUGGCGGAUUUGGCUCAUCCCGGUGAUGAAGUGCUCGUUGCUAGAGGUGGACAGGGCGGGAUCAGCUUGAUAGAUGUGCCUGAGUACAGGAGGAGGAAAGCCAUGGCUUUAUCCCCAAACAUCAUGCGAGACACUAGUGACAAAGUGUUAAUUCAUGGUCAGCCUGGCGAGGAAGUAAGCUUGGAGUUGAUCUUAAGAGUAGUUGCUGAUGUUGGUCUUGUGGGACUUCCAAAUGCUGGAAAGUCAACACUUCUAUCAGCUAUAACACUUGCAAGACCAGACAUUGCUGAUUAUCCGUUCACUACAUUAAUGCCCAAUCUUGGCCGGCUUGGUGGAGAUCCUGCUUUAGGGGCCUUACAGUUUUCUUCAGAAGCAACAUUGGCAGACUUGCCAGGUCUAAUUGAGGGUGCUCAUCUAGGAAAGGGUCUUGGCCGCAAUUUCUUAAGACAUUUAAGGAGAACUAGAGUAAUCGUCCAUGUUGUCGAUGCUGCUGCGGAUGACCCUGUCAAUGAUUAUAAGAUUGUCAGAGAAGCCCAUGAUAGGUUAUCAUCACUGGCCUUAGAGAUAUCUUCAAUUGGAUGUGAAGAAGGGCAUGACCAAAGUGGCAGCAAAGAUAACCUACAUGGACACGUAAGCAAUCAUCAGGUCUUAUCAGAGGCUAAAGUUGAAACUGGUGAAAAGGAGCUUGGGGACUAUCCAAGACCUCAAGCUGUUGUUGCUGCUAGCGUGUUGAGGCAUAUCGGGAUUGACGAGAUGCUGAAGGAGAUAAGGGCAGCCCUGAGAAAAUGCAUUGAUCACAAGUUACCAGAACCUUGA